CGUCGCCGCCGCUCUUCGACUCCGACCUCAGUCCGUCUUGCUCUUCAGUCUCCUAUAAUGGACUCUGGUUAGUACCUCCAUCACUUCUCUCCCUCUCUCUCUCUCUCUCUCUCUAUCUCCUCUUUUUCUCUGCUUUCAUGCACUCUGCUCUACUACCAUGCAAACUCAGUUUCGUCGAUUGAUUUCAUCCUCUGUUGUUUUUUCUCUUCUUCCUUCCUUGAUUUUGUUUGUAUUGAAGGAAAGGAGAUAAGAAAACUUUGAGGAUUUCUUUGUUGUUUUCCAUUUUUGGGAAAAUUUCUUCCUUUUGAUUGUACUCAGUCAAUUCUGCUGUUUCCCUGCAUAUGUUAAGUUUCUUUGACUUGAAAAUGAUAUGUUUGUUGACUCCCUAUUGGUUUCCUUUUCUAAUCCGUAAAUCAUUUUUCUUUUGUCCUCUGGAUUUUUCAUUGGACUGCUGGUUCCCUUCGUCGCUCUCUCUGGUUUUUGGGAUGAUAUUCUUAUUUCGGCUAGCUCUUGUGCUUCCUCAAUUCGGAAUUCUGAUUUCUGAUGUUAGGGUUUUCAGAAUUUGAAGGAAUACCCGCUUUUCUUUCUUCCUACAGCUUUAAGCACUUCACUGUGCUUAUGAAAGAUGAGAAGAUUAUAUGCCUGACACGGUGCCUAGAACCUCCAAUAGGAUUGCCUGAGCGUUGGAGUAUACUGAAUAUAGUUCCUCGAGCCAGGAUACACAUUCCUCAUGGUUUGCCUCAUUGCGAACUACUCCCUGCGCCCAGAUUCCAUUAUGAACAAAGAGAGUGGAGAAGAUUUUUGGAUUUUCUUCAUUGCAGGGACAUGGUUGCUAUUCUGAAACAUGAAUGUUUUGAGUUCUUCAUACUUCCUCCGGAUACGGUAUCGAGUUCUGCACACAUUAAAGUGGCCUAUAAGAUGGGGAAAGGAUGCUAUGCUCCAAUGCAUGUUGGAGGUCACCAUGCUCCAAAAUUAGAAUUUGAAACUUAUACUGAUCCUCAACACCAUGCUGUAAAACAAGAAAGGCCCUUGGAGAAAAAUUAUGUGCGAGCAGACCCCAGUUACCUGCAAACUCUUGGUCAGGCGCAUUCUGGAUGGAUUUUUGGUGCAGUAGCUGAGCUUGUUGAUAACGCCAGGGAUGCCAAAGCAAAGAGAUUGGAUAUUUCUAUUGAUAUCAUAUAUUCUAAAAGGGCUGGAAAACACAUCCCUAUGCUGUCAGUUAUAGAUGAUGGCCAUGGAAUGUCCCAUCAAGAUAUUGUGAGAAUGACAUGUUUUGGGCAUAAACAAGGUGGUAUUGAUGAUCCAGAUCGCCUUGGAAAAUUUGGUAUUGGAUUCAAGACAGGAUCGAUGAGACUUGGAAAGGAUGCUUUGGUUCUUACUCAAACCGCUAAUUCCAGAUCUAUAGCUUUUCUUUCACAGUCAUUAAAUGAGGGAAAAGAUAAUCUUGAAAUCCCCAUUGUAAGCUACCGCCGAGAAGGACAGUAUAUGGAAGUUGAUACAAGUGUCCACUCUGAAACUUUAGCAAAGUACAAUUUAAAGGCCAUUAAGGAAUUUUCACCAUUUGACAAAUACUUGAUUGGUGAGAAAACAGGCUUGUUCCAUGGAAGAUGUACUGGAACACAAAUAUACAUUUGGCACUUAGAAGAGUGGACCUCAGAUUACUGUCUGGAAUGGCAAUGUGGGCUGAAUGGAGGAAGCACUUUCCACCAAGGUGACAUACUCAUCCGUUCUAGAAGGAUCAGAUCCCGUCCUGGUCAGAUUAGUCAAAAGGUGCCACUAGAUUAUUCACUUCGUGUGUAUCUAGAAGUCAUCUUUUUAGUUCCACGGAUGAAGAUAUAUGUUCAAGGAUCACUGGUUAAAAGUCGACCAUUGCAAAAAUCACUGAAUAAGACCAGUAUUGAAACUGGCAAUAUCAUGGGAAAACCACUUCAUUUAACUCUUGGAUUCUGUCAAUUAGAGUGGGAGCAAGCAAAUUGUGGAAUAUUUUUGUAUUGGCAUGGUCGGUUGAUUGAGGCUUACAAGAGGGUCGGUGGCAUGAUUCAUAAUGGAGAGAUAGGUCGUGGUGUGAUUGGUGUUGUGGAUGUUACUGAUUUAAUGAAUGCUGGCAAUGGCCGAGUGUGGGUGCACAAUAACAAGCAAGGAUUCCAGGAUUGUGAAGCCUACGCCCAAUUAGAGUUGUGGCUAGGGAGAAAAGUAGACGAAUAUUGGGACCAAAAUUUUGAUAAACUGCAAUUGACCAAAAACGCUGCUGUUUAUAAACCUGAUCACGAAUGGGUGCAGUGUGAUAAGUGUAGAAAGUGGAGGGUGUUGAGUGCUGAUUUCGACAGCAAGAGCUUACCUUCUCAAUGGUUUUGCUAUAUGAAGCCGUUCAGUCAAUCAUGUGACAUACCAGAGGAGAAGCUUGAAUACGAAGUGAUAACACUAUCCACAAAGCGAUCUGGAUGUGAGGACAAGGAGAAACUUCCUCAAUGCAAAGAUGAUUUCUAUGAUGCCAGUGUCAAACCCAAAGGCAAACCUGGCAUUGUUGCUGUAGGUGCAAAGAGGACCAGGUCUGAAUACCAUAGGGCUUGUAAGAAGUAAUAAUUUAUUUUUGCACAUUUCGGCAUUUAUCAUGCUCCUAAUUAAAUCUCACUUAGUUUCAUUUUUCAUUUUCAAUACGUUCUUUUUUUUUUGGUAAAAUUAGUAAUGGAGAAAAUGUAGAAAAACUAAAGCUGUACCUGUAAGUUCUCAUGCUGAGAUCUUGAAGUCCCCGUAGUAUGGCAUU